GAUCGCCACGCGCUAUUCCGAGUUCUCGCUCUUAUUAGAGCAAGUAUGUGUCGUUGAUGCACACAGUGAACUGCGGUCGCUCAAUUUCCAUGAACCGAUCGAUUUCAUUUUUUGGGAGCUAGUUAAAGAAGGAUGAAGGAUGCCCCACGUCGGAAUAGACGGCGCGGGUGGCGUUGGAGGAGGUCUCGCACAUUCAGAAAGUACAAGAGCGUCGGCAGCAGCAACGUUGCAGCCGGAUCAUCAACGACAGCAGCAGCAGCAACAGAAAACAGCAUAUGGCACUGGUUGGUUGGCAAUGGGAGCAGCGAGACCCGUUACCAGCAGUUCCGGCAACAAUUACGUUGUUCUCGGCGGCACCAGAUACGGACUGCGACUAUCGCAAGACAGCAUCGUGCAAGCGGCAAAAGUUGGGAAAAGCGACCAGCAGCCGCUGCAUCAGCAGAGCAUGGAAGAGCCGCCGCACAAUCAGCUGUAUCGUAAGCUGCAGUACCGACGAAAUUCGCACGAGAGCGAGCCGCGCGAGCGCCUGAGCGACGGCAAGCUCGCCAGCAACAACGGCAAGCCGCUAAUCUUAGACUUCGCCGCGACGGACUGCUGCCUGAGCUGCAUCGGGCCGAGAUCUUCGCCGUCCCGCGGCUCGCUGACGACGCUGAACUCUCGUAUUCCUCUGUCUUGGUCCAGCGGCAAUAAUAGCAGCAAUAGCAGCAGCACUUGUAGCGCCUCUGGAGCUCAAGCGACGAAGCAGCCGCAGCAGCCACAGCAGCAACCGGCGGUAUCGCGUCAACAUCAUCAUCAUCAUCAUCAUUAUCAUACGGUUGUAGCUCCGAAUUCUAAUAAUAGCGUCCGAUGUUGGCCGAAUAGCAGCAGCAGCAGCAGCAGCAACAGCGGCGGCGGCGGCGGUGGCUGCAUCGAGCAGGCAGCAGUCAGUAGUGGCAGCCAGGGCGGUCUGCACGGCGCGACCACCAAUAGCUCCGUCUCCGUCGUCCCGACUACCUGUGCAAAUCACAACGCUGCCAAUUCCCCGUUAAACUCGUCCUGCUCCUCGUCCUCCUCGUGCUCGCCGCUGCAACCGACGAUAAUAUCCGCCUCGUCGCAGCAGCAUCACACCCUGCCGCGUCUGCAGAUCGCUCAGUGGACCAAACAUCAUAGUUUGAGACUGCAGGAACCGGCGGCGGUAGCGGUGGACCGCAUUCAACGGUUCCGAUGGAGCGGUGGAAACAACGGCAGUGGCGCAAACGCAAAAAAAUCAAAUAAUUCCGGCACCAAAGCCGUGAAGCUGCGCGAGCUGACGGAGAAGCUGAAAGGAUCGGCCCCUGCCUCGGCUCCUGUACCGCCUCCCCGAAGACCAUCGAGAUGCUACGUCUCGUCGCCGGACUCAUCCUCGUCGUCCUUCAGUAUUAGCUCGCAACAGUCCCAACAAUCUCCGGCACCGAACGAGGGUCGCUUUUCGAGCCGCAGCCACACCUUCAGCGAGGGCAGUCCGAACUCGGUGCCGACGCUCGCCCAAGGCUCCAGGCCAUCGUCGGCGACGACACCGACGAGCACGACGACGACUCCUUCCUCGCAUCCACGCCAAUUGUGCCGCAGCGCGAGCAUCGACGAGGAGCGCGACUAUUUCGUGCUCGAUCCUCAAACGAACGUGCUCGCCGGCGGCGCCAAGAGUCCUCGUCAUUCUCGCCAGUACAGCGACUCGGCCGCGGGCAGCAGCUUCGAGGAUGCCUGCACCGAUCACGCGAAGAGCGUCUCGUGCGACGGCGAGCCGCAGCCAACGAGAUCCUCGACGCCGUGGCUCGGAAACGUGCCGACAGGUGGCAAGUUUCGCAGCGCUUCGUUUGGACAAGCCGAUACGAAUUGUGAGCUCGACCGCCAAGUCGCGGCGCAAUCGGUGGAUUAUCGCCGAGCCGUUUACGCUGCCAUGGGUGGCAAUGGGGCCGGCUUGUGUAACGUCGCCAGCAGCGGCCACAACAAAGCCUCGACGUUGCCGCGAUCGGCGCGUCGUUCGCCGUCGCCUCGUCGCGCCACCUCGCCGAGUUUCGUAGACAGCGCCGUUGGCUCGUCGGCCGAGGUUGCCUCCAGCAGUAUCGACGAGGCCCUGCUUUUCCGCCCGAGAAGCGAUGCCUCGGACUCCAUGACCGCGUCGAGCUCAGCAGUCGUGGGUCCCGAGCUCGUCGAUCGUCAGCAACAGCAGCAGGUGCAACAACAGCCCAGAGACUCGACGGAGACGCCAGAGACGAAGGCCAACGGCGAUGCGCGCAAAGAUUGUCCGCACGAGGUGAUAAUCACUCCCCCGCAAGAAGACGCGACGUCGCUAAGCGGCGCGAAACACGACUCUAACAAUCUAGUACAGCAGCAGCAGCAGCAGCAGCCUCAACUAUUCAUCAGACGCUUGAGUCAGGCAAGCGAAGCGAGCGAAGCCCCGAGCGAGUCGGCGGCGAGCUCCGGCGCUGCGGCUAGUCAGGAAGCGACGACAGUCACAGCCGCGGCCGCUCAGGCGGCGUCCGGUCCGACCGGCAAGUUACCGCGUCGCUAUCGCGGCGACACGAGCAAACGCCGCAAAGGCGUCUACAUAACCCAGUGGCCGACCAACGCGGCCAGUGCAGCCAACGCCGCCUCGACCAACGAAUCUUACGAACUCAAGAACAAGCUCUCGACUCAGAGCAGCGAUGAGAGGGACGAGCUGCCACCGUCCGCGACCCCGAGCGACUUGUCAGACUGCGAGGGCCAGACGCCCAGGAGAUACAGCAAACGGCCAUUGCGCGGUCCUUACGGCCAAAUGCUCGAGGCCGAGAUGGCCAAGCCACGCGCGACCGACCUCGUCUCGUUGGACGCCAGCAACGGUGUGAUGCGCCAGCGACGCAAAGUCUCGACCAAUCUGUCCUUCAAUGCCAGCAGCUCGGCGGGCUUCGGCGCGGACCAGCCGCCCGUCCCGUGCCAUCACCGCACGACCUCGAGUCCGAGCAAACUCGAGGGCUUGCCUGGGCCCAGCCCGGAACUCUUGGCCGAGCUCCUCAAGGGAUCCUCGGAACGCGUGGCUCGUGCUCCCCCAAUGCCGGUGUUUCACAAUGCCAGUGAUACACGAACUCACGUCGUCGUUGAGCUUUACGAAACGGAACGUUCGUACGUCGAAGCGCUACAAACAUUGGUCCAUAAAUACCUUCAGCCACUCAAGAGUCCAGAGUAUGCGAAUUUGGUGGAUUCUAACACAGUAGACGAAAUAUUUUAUCAGGUACCGGCGAUACUCAGUCACCAUGAAGUAUUUCUGGAGGAAUUACGCAAGCGUCUGGAGACUUGGGAAUUGCGGCAAACAAUCGGAGACAUUUUCCUCGAGGUGUUCACCAAGCCAGAGGUACUCGAGACUUAUACUCUGUUCCUCGACAAUUGGAAGACGGCUAAGAAGGCCAUCAAAGCCGCCAGCCAGGCAAAGUCUGGCUUUCAACGCUUUCUCGAGACGAUGGAGCGCGAGCACAAAGGAAAACUCGGCCUGGACCAGUUGCUCAUCAAGCCCGUGCAGAAGAUUCCGCGCUACGAGCUGCUGAUACAGCGCCUGCUGAAGCACACCGAGCCCCAGCAUCCGGAUCACGACCUGCUCACGGCGGCCUUCAAGGAGGUGCACGAGCUCGUCGUCAAGAUCAAUUGCACCGAGCGCGAGUCCCUCGAGUGGGAGCAGCAGCAGUCGACCCUCAGAGACGUUCAGGCGCUCGUCGAGGGUCUCGCCGGUAUCGUUACCAAUGAUAGAUCGUUCAUCCGCCACGACUUGGUGAGCAUCGCUUCGAACCAAGGGACGCGCAAGGAGCGGGGUCUCUUUCUCUUUUCGGAUUUCCUCGUCAUUACGAGCAUCAAGCGCAGAAGCGGAACAAUUCGAAAGCCAUCUACGAGCUCUUGUCCAAACAGUAUAGUCGGAUUGCUCGAGGCGAACAAGUACAAGAUGCUCAUGAGAAUUUCAUUAGAUGACUUGGAAGUUAUGAAAGCCAAGGAUGAAAAUUUGAGACGCAUGGCUCAAGAGGUGGAUCAUUUGCGAGACGAUUGUGCAACGCUCAAUCAACUGCAAGAGUUGGCGACAACCUUGCACGGUACCAAAGCACAACUGGAGGAGUUAAUCAAAGACAUGCAGACACAGACGCAAAAGCUAUUGGCCGAGCGUAACGCAGCGCAUUCGCAAUUAGCUUGUCUCGAGUUAACACUCAACACGCAAAACGGCAUGGAAAACAUAUCCGUAGUGUUUGCCAGGCCAGAUAAGCGAGCGAGCUGGGAAGAGAGCUUUAAUGAAGCUAAACAAAAAUUGGCUGCUUCCACAGACCGUCGACCUGUUCCAGAAUUUGUGGGUCCAGUGCCGAUCAGAAAAACUCGAGCCGGCUUACAGUUCACUUGUGCAGCUCCGACUCUAGCUAAUCCUCAAGGUGUUCGUGACGUAUGGGUUUGCAACAGCGACGGCCUGGUCGGUCAAGUUUGCGUGCUGAGUCUCAAUCCGGAGCCACCGCAAGUGACCUCGUGCAACGGCGUCUGCAGCGCGCGUAUUCUCUGCGUCGCCGGUAUCCCUGCCUGCACCUCAGUAUCGCAACGCAAAGCUCCGACGAAUCGCGGCUUAUUAAAUAAAAAAAUUAGACGUGGUGGUGGCAAAUCUAUUAGAAAAACAAAUAGUGGAAAUAUUCAAAUUGACAGUUCCAGUAGUGACGACUCCGAUUCGGAAGACAUUCCAAGCACCGACAAUCCUAGCGCAUCUCGCGAUGCCUCAAAUUCAUCGUCCGCAGCGAACGACGAAGAAUUCAACCAGCCAACCAUGUGGCUCGGCACCGAAGAUGGUUGCAUUCAUGUUUACAAUUGCAGCGAUAAUAUACGAAUUAAGAAAAACAAAAUCAAACUGCAGCAUGGCAGCAGCGUUUACUGCAUAAUUUAUUUGGACAACAAAGUAUUCGUUUCGUUAGCCAACGGUAACAUAAUUGUGUAUUCAAGAGACCAACAGGGUGGCUGGAACACGACAGACUCGGUGAGUCUGACGGUGGGCAGCGUCGCCGCACCCGUCACGAAGAUGCUUCCGGUCUCCGGCAAGCUGUGGUGCGCCACUCACGUCAGCAUCAAGAUCCUGAAUACGUACAGCCUCGAGAUCGAGCACGCGUUCAACGUGUCCAACGACCCGAGCCGCACCGUCUCGUGCAUGUCGAGUUCCGGCAGUCUCGGCGUCUGGAUAGCCCUGCACAACAGCGCCUCGCUCAAGCUGUAUCACGCCACGAGCCACGAGUGCCUGGCCGACGUCAAUAUCGCCCCGGCCGUGACUAGUAUGUUAGUUACAGAUUGCGAUGACAUAAUUAGGCAACACAAGGCCGCUUGUUUGAGGGUAACGUCUCUUUUGGCCUGUAACGAUCUCCUGUGGAUCGGCACCAGCGCGGGCGUAGUUUUAACGCUGCCGAUUCCUCUCAUCAAAGAUAAUACUCAAAGAAUGUCUCAAGCACCCGUAGUCACAGGCAUUCCACACGGACACACCGGAAUCGUGCGAUUUUUGACCUGCGUGGAAAUGCCCAGUCCACCUAAGAGCGAGCCUCGACCCAAGGCAAAUCGCUACUCGUUGAAGGGCAGCAAAUCGCUGACGUCGCAGCACAGCAACGCCUCGGCAACGAACAGCAACAGCAGCACGACCGAACGCGGCAAGCUGCUGGUCAUCUCGGGUGGCGAUGGCUACGAAGAUUUCCGAGGACCUCAGGCAUCUGCGGAACUGCAGGCGGGCCGCGAGGACUCCACCAAUCAUCUUCUGCUCUGGAAGGUUUGAUAGGGGCUAAAGCGACCUGGUCCAGGAAUGGAUCUUGGUGACGACCUAGAAGAGGCCUGCGAGAUCGUUGGUCAUGGUACACCGA